UGAAAAAUCCUUUAUGUGAUCGUUAGCUGAGAAGUCAAAUUAGAGGUGUUUUCUUAGCACGUGCAUAAUACAAAGAUACACGUUUAACAAUAUAUUAAGCGCAUGCGUAAUACAGAAAAACAUUUUUUUGUGAUGUGCUAAGAAAAGAUAAGAUAGAUUUGCUCCAUUUUGUUUGAGAUUUAAAAAUAAAAUAAAAUAUAUAAAGGGGCACGCACAACAAACGGUUAGAAAAUAAUUAGAACAUGGUUUAGUAGAAAAAAAGAAAUAAAGAAUAAAAGAAAGAGAAAAUAGAAAAAACAAGAAAAGUUCUCCUACCUAAGCUAUUUACGGUGAAAGUUUUUAAAGUUAAUAUUGAAAUAUGCGUGUGAUACAUACGUGUUAUCUAAUUAUCAAGAAAAUAAAAAUCACAAAGAAUCAAAAUAACCAAAAAGUUAGUUACGUGGUGUGAAAUUGUCUUUGAUAAUAUUUUUCUCUUUAUUUUAAUGUAUUUAUGAUAUUGGUUUUGUUCUGUCUGUGUAAUUUUUUUGUUUCAUUAUAAUUUUGUUUUGUUUUUUUAAGCUUAAAAUGUUUUUUUUUUCACUUAAAUUACAUGUUUUUCAUGAAAAAAAUAAAUUUUGUAGGGAAUAAAAGGCCUUCACAGGCAAAAAAUCAAAGCUAAGAAGUUUUCUGGAAUUGAUAAAAUAUAACAAUUUGAUUACAAACCGGGAGGAUAAAAAGAGAGAAAGAAACGAAACUAAGAGUUUCUAUACAAGCGCGGUGUUAAAGCAGCUGCUCUUUUCAGCCUAUAAUUUUGAAUCUAGCGCUUAAAAUUUUUAACACAUCUGGAUUGCUAUUUUGAGCGAAGGAUGCACGAACAGCAAUACCUAGGUGAGCUAUAAUCUGAGGACCGGAAUAUUCAGACGGAAUACUCAGACUUUGCGCGAUUUGAUAGCGUGCUACAUUAAUAUAUAAAAAUAAAAAUAGUCUGAUAGUUCGGAUAAAAAAUUAUUUUCAACCCAAACAAAAGUGUGUUCGCAGAAAUCUUCGAGAUGAAGAGCACUUGUAAGUGCCUUGUACUUUGAAGGUCACUUGAGAAAGAGCGCUUAUUAUCUCUUUUAAUAAUACAGAGAGUGUGUCUGUUUGUAAUAGGCAAAGUGGAUAUCGUCAUUUUCCUUUGAUGUCGCCGAAAAACUUAUGUCUAAUAUGUUAAAUUUUCUGACGUUAUGGCCAUUGCUGACGUCAGGAAAAUCUUUAAACCCUUAUAUCUCUUCUUUGACCGUUCAUCAAAAGCAAAUGAUCAUAUAUAUUUUCUUGAUUAGCGCUUUAGGCUGUUUUGUGGAUGGGUUGCUGACGUCAUGAAAUGCAAAUGACGCUUCUUUUUUAAUUUUUAUUCUGCCUCCGUGGAUUUUCCCACGGGCCUAAUCGACUAGUUCUUUUAAAUAAAAAAAGAUUUUUUUUAGAAAGAGAAACUUUGGCAGUUGGUCAAGCCACUAGAACUUUACCUCAGAGAACAUAGCAAGCAUUUGUUUAUUGCAGGGCAUAUUGUGAUUAACAAUGAUUGAUACGCGUGAUCACAUUUUGGGCAAUUACUAUUUUGUAGGUCCCAAUUUAUUCCAGUUGCAAAAGGCUUCUUGAUAUGUUAUCAACAGAGACGCUUUUUUAUAGCAGGAUCAUGUUUUUCUUGUCAUCUACCCAGGUUGAUGAAAAAAACACGACAAAAAAGGAAGUGAGAAGAUUCCUGUUUUAAGAAGAGGAAACAUUGUAGGUCUGUUGAAUGCUGAUGACCCAAGGCAUUUGUAUAUUCUACAUCACAUUUUCAAACCUCGAAUCAAUCAUGCAAUAGAAUCCUUUGUAAAGGGUUGGAAUAAACAUCCUUUACGGACAGAGCAUAACUGGUCCCCAGAAAAGGUAUGGAGUAAUGGCAUGAUGGAUAUCCGAAACAGAGAUAACGGACAUUUUGCCGCAGUGCAAGAAUUGGUACUGCUGAAGAUGAUUUAACAUGGUUUGGAUUUGAUCUAUAUGCACCUUCACCAACAGAAUAUGAGACUAGUCAAGUUGAUUUAGAUGAUGUGGAAUGUCAAUUGGAGCAAGAACAACUGAAUAAACCACAUUGAUGUUUAUCGUGUAUCCAAUUCAUUGGUAUAGACAUAUUCGAGAAAGCUCUUCAAGUCGUAGUCAAUUUCUAAGGAUAUUCAUACGUAUGUUUUGUAUUUUUUUACAUCGACAUUUUACCACUACUUUUUAAAAACAGAUCUUACAUAAAUACCCGAUAAAUAAUCAGCGCAAUGUCAUACUUUCUCGGAGUUUUAUGAUAAGAUUUUGCUUCAAGAUUUAAAGCAUAUUUGGUAUCACUAGAAAGACAAUUUUAUGUAGAUUAACAAUAUCUUAUGCCUCCAUACACAGGCGCUGAGCAAUUCUUUUUGUUUUUGGUUGACUUAAAGGGGGUAUAGCUUUGACCAUCAGUCUAAAAAGGAAGCACUUAACUUCAUUUUCAGAGAAAAUCUUCUAAUCAGAACUUUGAGUUUCUAAACUUUUGAUCCUAACUUUUUUAUUUUUUGUACAUUGCAAUUGAGUUUUGUUUAGCCAUUUCAAGCAAAGCGGUUAUAAUGUUUUAGCUACGAAUGUAAGAAUCCGCGCCAGGUAACAAACAUUGACAAGUAUAAACACUGACAAGUGUAAACAUUGACAAGUAAAAACAUUGACAACUGUAAACCCUGAAAAGUGUAAAGACUGACAAGUACAAUCACUGACAGACACACUGACAAGUGUAAAACUGACAAAUGUAAACAUUGAAAAGUGUAAACACUGACAAGUACAAACACUGACAAAUGUAAACUAUGACAAGUGUAAAAACUGACAAGUGUACACAUUGACAUGUGUACACAUUGACAAGUCUCUUCUAGGCAAUGCGGGACUUUGUGAUACAACGUCAAAAAAAUUAACAAAUAAGACAUACUUUUUAUUACAAAAACUUAAAAUAGACAUCCAUUCUUUCUUUAAUUUAGCUAAAUGUUUGAAAUAUUUAUCAGUGCAUACUUCUUUAAAAGCCUUUUCAAAAAGAUAGACAUCUUAUCCUGAAAAUCAAAUCGUAACCACAAGCAUUUGGAAAAGCCAUUUCUAUAUAAUUAACUUGGUAAUGUUUGAAGCGAACUUAGAACUUAGGUUAUUUGGUUAGAUUAAACAUUUUAAACUGUGUUAAUUUGUGCCGACCUCGUGUUUGAGAAUUAUGAAUAAAAUACAGACAAGUUUGGAAAAGGCUGUUGAUUCAGUAUCAAUCCCAACCAUUGUUACAAAUGCUAUAUUUUUGAAUUUUAUAAUUUUAAUUAACAUUCAAAUUAGUGACAUACCAGAAAGCAACGAUGUAAUUGAGCGUAGUAUCUUCUUUAAUAACUCUCCUAUGUGUGUGUUCAAUUAGUGAUGCGAACUAUAUUAAUUUUCUUAUUGUCUUUAUUCUUAUUGUACGUCAAGACAUAGAUAUAGCAUUUCUCUUUGUGACAUUGGUUGAGACUGCAGAAAAUUAAUUUUGUAAGUAAAAAUUGUUUUGAACUUUGUAAUGAAUGUCUCUUACCUUUGUUUUUAAGCCAUAAAUGUUUAAUACCUGGAAUAACUUUAAUGUGAUUUAACGUUUUGCCAUGCAAGCUAAUAUGGCAAGUAAGAAUGCUGCAAGAUGUUGUGUUUGCUGAUACUUUUCAUAUACAUGUAUGUUGGUUCCCAGUUGCAAUCCAAGACAAAAAUAUUGACAAAAAAGAAGUUAUUUUGUCAUUUUUUAAAUAUGGACAAAGGAUUCACACGGUGAAUGCUCCACAACGGCAGGCUGCACAGGUGCUACUUUUGCACAAACAUUUGUCAGGUAAUCACUAUUGAAAGGUCCCUAGUCACAUGUUUUUAAGUUCGUUUAAAAUGGCAAUGCUGCCGUCAGCAACAAUUAGCACAUUUGGAGUUUGGACUUAACCAAAUAGUCUAAGAUCAUUAACCCUAUUCGGUCUGGGGGGCGGAUAACUCCGCAUUGCUAUGUUUUAUGGCUAUGAAACUUACUGAGUUUCAAUAUUUAUCUAUUAGACACCUGCAUGCCAAAUUGUUACGUCCCAUACCUUUCAGAGGCCUUGAUAUUAGCCAUUACUCGAAACUACCCCUAAAAAUCUCUAUGAAAUCCUUAUAGUGGGGAAAAUUUAGUAACUCCUGUUAGGACUAUCUUUAGAACUUCAAACUUGCAAUGUAACUUUGUUUUAUUAAGAAAAAUUAUUUUGUAUAAUUUGGACACGUGAUUAGUCCGAUUUCCCGAUUUUGUUGGAUUUUACCGGAAAAUCUAAAAAAACCGUAUUUUCGGUCAUUUUUGGCACUUUUUUAUGCGAUCCGUGUAAAAACUUUUAUUUAGCUUUCAGAAACUUCAAAUAAAAUGCAAAAAUUCGCUCUGGAACAUAGUGGCAUUUUUAACUGCUGCCAUUUUGUUCUUUUUAUGACGUACCAUAAGUGUGCCAAGUUUCAUUCAAUUUGAACAACCCUAUGAAAAGUUAUCGGGGGGAUGGGGGGAGUUUACACCAACUUUUAAAGUGGAAGAAGAAACGGAAAUCUACAUAUGUGGUUUUUGUGUUGUUAUUUUUUCUGGUUGGCUUAGAAUUUGGAGGUGUCGAUGCUACAUUAUGGAUAUAUAUAUCGACAGUUCUGAAAACUGGAAAUGAUAAGUUUUAUUAUGGCUUAAUUAGCGCUGGAUUUUUCAUUUUGGAAGAUUCCUUAGCGGAUUUGGCGUAGCUAUGUAUCCAAUUAUAGUUUCUGAAGUAGCAAGAUCUUAUGAAAAGGUAGACCUCAUGCGGCGUUUGCCAUCACUUAAUGGGAGUCGAAUGUUCGGCUAUGCAUUUGGACCGUGUAUUUCCAUAUUUUUUAUUAAUACAAACUUUAAGAUUGGUCCCAUUCAUGUAACAUACGCAAAUGUCAUUGGACCAAUUCUUUUUGCAAUUUCAGUUUUUCUUCUUCUUGCGAUAGUAUUUUUUAUGCAUGAUUUAUCAAGAGAAUACGACUUGAAAGCUGACACAAUAGAAAAAUCGGAGAAAGAAAAUUAUGAAAUCUCAAGCAAAUCUUCAACUUUGGACGCAAUGAAGAAAAUUUUGAAAACGAAAGACACCGCACUCGUACUUGCUAUGUCAGUGCUUUAUGGCAUUAUAGAUGUAAUUGUGUUUCGUGUCUUUGCCAUAUUAAUCGUUACCAAUUUGCAGCUUGGCUAUGCACUUCUAAAUGAAUCACUAAUUGGAUAUGCUGCAUUAAGUGCAAUUCUAGUUUUCAUCCUUGUAUAUCGAAAAAUGUCAAAUAAAGAAGUGUUUCACACUGGAAUUGGAGGUAUACUGUCGAUGAUUAUAGCCACAUCUAUAUUGCUUUUGCUUUAUCAGCGAGUUGGAAAUCAUAGUACCUGGUAUUUUCUGAUCAUUUUAACUGUGCUAUCCCUUGUUAGUUUUAUGCUGUCCGAUCAAACCUUUACCGUGUUAAUGUGUGCCAAACUGGCUCACUCUUGCAAUCAAGGAUUUUUAGAUGGUAUCAGGAUUUUUGCGGUCCAAAUUGGUCGAGUUAUCGGUGCAUUGUGCGUUGGAAUAUGCUAUAAUCAUAUGAACACUUGCCAUCCGGCAGUUAAUAUUCUGGCAUUUUCGUUACUGGUUAUCUUGAUGUCAAGAAAGAAAUUUUUGUCAAAUCCCGUGCCAGUCAUAUGAAUACUCCUCCCAAAGAGUUCUGUUCAGCAAACAUUUUAUUUAUGUUGAUUUCUAAAACUUUAUUUGUGACUAGAUUAACUAUUACAAUAUUGCGUCGUUUGGAAUCUCAAGGGAUGCAUUUUUAACCUUACCAUGACUAUUUUUAUGAAAUUCAUAUUUGCUCAAGUAUUUUUAUAAUUUAUCCUAUUGAAAAAUGUUUGAGAUUAGUCACGGAGUUUUUUUGGAGGGUGGGAAAAUUUUUAUUACACGAAAAAAAGUUUCCAGCAAAUGUUGCAUAAGCAUGCAUGUGCAGACUCAAUCAACGAUUAUACUUUAAAGUUCUUUUAAGCAUUUUGUACUAUAUAUAAAAUUGGGCUUAAAAAAGAGGGUGACAUAGAAAUGAACACACAGAUGGCAAAAUUUUCUCAAUGCCAAACCAUCACUUUACAUAUUUUUCAAUACAAAUAUUUCAAGAUCCAAUUAUUUAUUUUUUACAAAUAAGUUACUUAUUGCACAAGAUGAAUGACACGGCUGGCAUCGCUGCUGUAAUUCAGUCUGUCUAUUAUUUUGACAAACGGCAGGCUCCUCAUGCAGGUUGAUUGUUAAAACCCAAGUUUUCAAAACCAUUCAUUUUUUUUUAAAUUUGUACUUCCAAAAAGUUUAUAUAAAUUGCGUUUAUUCUAAUUUUUAUUACAUCUUAUUACCUGACUGAUACAAAAAACCGGUAGUAUGAAAAAAUCCGAUGAUUUGAUUGGUUUACGGCUUAUUAAAAUAGGGCCUUGUAUGGAGCCAUACUAACCGCUUUGGGAAGCCAUUAUUAAAAUGGUAACAUAAAAACGUAAACAAAUAAAAGCAAUCCCAUGACACACAAAAAAACUAGCUCACCUAAAACCAUCUUUUCGUUAUACAGUAGAGUCUCCAUAACUCGAACAGCCACGGGGAAAAGGAAAUCGUUCGAGUUAUGGAGACAUUCGAGUUGUAGAGGUUUUCAACUUUUAGCGCAAUAUCCUCCCUUUACGUGAACCAGCUGGAUAAAAACGUUAUAUUUAAUCUUAAGUCUAACUUUAAGGGGGCUAUUAGGUUAAUGAAAGUCAAAACAAUACACUUUUAAUGAAUUUUUUAAUGUUUAUUUAGAAAAGAAGUCGGUGAUAACUGUUUGCUUACAACUCAUAUCAAAAUCUUUGGCGAUAUUACGAUUCAAGUCCCUCAGGGAAGCUAUCAUUUCUUCUCCAAAAUGUGAAAAAAUACUCAAGUCUUCGAGGACGUUGAUAGCUGUACGCACUUGCUCGGCCGUCGGUCUUGUGAUCUUAUCUUCUUCCUCCUUGUCUUCUUCGUCGACCUCUUUUAAUUCUUCGUCUUGAGUCCCAGUGAUCUCAGCAAUGAUGUCAGCAGUCUUCAGACGCCCAUGGGAUGUACUGACUUCAAUGUCAAAAUCAAUGAAAUCUUCAGUUGAUAAGUCAGGAUCAAUGUGGUCAGGAAACCUUCGUUUUAUGUAAGAGAGUUCAGCAUCGAGGGUUGGAAUUGGGUCUUCUUCUACUUCGCUGGUUAAACUUUUAAAAGGGUCGUCAUCUUCGUUGAUCGCUCUUUCUGCAUCCUUUUGGGAAAUUCCUGAUUUUCGAAAGCAAUUGGUGAAUGUUUUGUUGGAAACAUCAUCCCAUGCUUUCCUUAGCAUGUACAUAGCUGCAAGAAUCGAGAACUUCGGAGUCGAUUUUUCCUCGUCCAAGGCUUUUAUCAAUUUCCGCACUGCUAGCGAUCGAUAUUUUGCUUUCAGGGCGCGGAUAAUUCCUUGGUCCAUAGGUUGGGUUCGGGACGUGGUAUUUGGAGGAAGAAAGAUCAAUUCUACCCAUUCCAGGUUUUCAACAUGAGGAUGUGCGGUACAAUUGUCAAUAAUCAAAGCAAUUUUUCGCUUAGAGACAGAGAAUUUUCGAUCAAGCUCGCGUACCCACUC